CUGGAGGACGAGGAGGGAGCUCUGCGCCGCUCGGAGACGCCACGGACCGUGCGCCCUCGCAAAUGAUCGACGUCAGGGCUGGAGGCGGCGAGGAGAUGACCGUCGGCGUCAUGGUGCGCAAGAUGCUGGUCAAGCUGGACUGGUACGGCACGCUGUUCCCCCGCAUCCCCGUGCCGAUCCAGAUGAAGGUCCAGAAGCUGCUGAAGGAGCGUUUCCCGGCGAUCGGGGGACCGCAGGCAGGCGAGACGCCGGUGGCGCGGCCGGUGGCCCCUGCCGAGCGGCCCUCGCCGCGCGAGCGCAGCCCCGGCCGGGACCAGAACAGGGCGCCACAGGCACGCGACAUCGCCGAGGAGAUUGCCAUGGAGAAGGAGCGCAUCCGACGCGAACGCGACCCGGACGCCGGUGCCCGGGAGGGGCGCGGCGGCAGCCGGGGCCGCGAGCACCAGGACGGCCGCGGCCGCGAGCGGCGCGACAGCCGGAGUCGAGACCGCCACGAUGGCAGAAGUCGAGACCAUCACGACAAUCGGAGUCGAGACCACCACGACAGUCGGAGUCGAGACCACCACGACAGUCGGACUCGAGACCACCACGACAGCAGGAGUCGAGACUACCAGGACAGUCGAAGUCGAGACCACCAGGACAGUCGAAGUCGAGACCAUCAGAACAGCAGGAGCCGCGACCAGCAGGAGAGGCCGCGGGACCGCCAGCGAAGCCGGAGCCGCUCCCGGGAGCGCCGACGCCGCCGUAGCCGCGAACGGCCCGGCAGCAACGCCAGGAAGGAGCGCGGCCAGCGGAGCCGGAGCCGGAGCCGCGAGCGGCGCCGCUCCCGCGAGCCGGAGCGGCGGCACCGGGGAGGCCGCAGCGGCAGCCGCGAGCGCCGCCGGUGAGCGGUGGCCGUCGGCUCCGCCCGCCAUGGGCGCAGGAGAGCGACGGUGCGGACAACGCGGGUCACGACAGCGGUCCGCGUGGCCGUCGGCUCCGCCCGCCAUGGGCGCAGGAGAGCGACGGUGCGGACAGCGCGGGUCACGACAGCGGUCCGCUAGGCCGUCGGCUCCGCUCGACAUGGGCGCAGGAGAGCGACGGUGCGGACAGCGCGGGUCACGACAGCGGUCCGCCUGGCCGUCGGCUCCGCUCGACAUGGGCGCAGGAGAGCGACGGUGCGGACAGCGCGGGUCACGACAGCGGUCCGCUAGGCCGUCGGCUCCGCUCGACAUGGGCGCAGGAGAGCGACGGUGCGGACAGCGCGGGUCACGACAGCGGUCCGCCUGGCCGUCGGCUCCGCUCGACAUGGGCGCAGGAGAGCGACGGUGCGGACAGCGCGGGUCACGACAGCGGUCCGCGUGGCCGUCGGCGGCAGCGCGCCGUGGUAGCAGUGCCGAGUGGCGGGCCUACGCACGGGACAAUCACCCCCGGACCGGGGACAUCUGAGCGCCACACGACCUGGGGCGUCCCGGCGAGGUCGGGGCCGUUCGCGCGGGUUCGAGUGCGGCCUCGCGCCGACCGCGCCCGCUCGCCGCAGCCAUGUUGUGCGUGCGGACUGGGCCGACCGCGCCUCGGACGCGAUGGUGCGUCCGCGGCUCGCGGCCGUGAUCUCACCGCUAGUGGGACGUACAAAACCGCUUGGUGGCGCGCGAGCCAGUGAUCGGGGCGUCCAGUGGCGGUGCGGCCGGCCUCGCCCCACGGCCGAUGUCAGGUCGUGACCUGUCCUCAUGCCACGUGGUGUCGUGACCGGCAUGGUGGCGGAUGAUCGGUUUUAUAUGGCGCGUGCAGCGCGGGCUCUGUUGCCGUUGUGUUGCUUUAGCCUGUUCACGCGCCCGACAGAUCGGUACGUUCCAGUGCUGGGUGAGGACUCGCCAUCCGAAUGUACGCGAAGAUGUGGAUUGACCAUACACCUAAGA